AUGUCGGUCGUGAAGCGCAACCUGGUCCAGCUCUACUACGACACUGUCUCGCCGUGGUCUUUUAUCGGGUACGAGAUCAUCAAGCGGUACCAAAAGAGAUGGGACUGCGAUCUGGAGCUUGUCCCUGUCAAUCUGGGCUAUGUCAUGGGCUACAGCGGUAACCGUCCUCCAAUCAGCGUGCCAAACAAGGGCAAAUACAUGUGGGACGAGAUCGAGCGGGCGCAGAAGUUCUUUGGCCUCCCUCUCUCAACGCCGACGUCGUUCCCGGUCAACACGCAGACGCUGCAGCAGCAUCUCGACCUGGUUGCGCAGAGCUCGCCCUCGCUCCUGACACCGCUGACGGAGAUUUACUUCCGGGCCGUGUGGCAGCGCAAUCUGCCCUGCAAGACGGUCGAAGAGGUGUUGCACAUCCUCGAUACCGACGAUGCCGCCAAGGGACUGUGGAAGAGCGACCACGACAGGAGGGAGAGCGUCGAGCAAGCGACGUCAAAGGAAGCAAAGGAGAGGGGCAAGACGCUCGCCAAGAGGAUCGUCGAGGAGGAAGGCGUCUUUGGCAUGCCGUGGUUCAACGUCACCCGUGCCCGCGAUGGGCAGAGGAUGCAGUUCUUCGGCAGCGAUCGCUUCGAGCAAAUGGCUGCGUUCCUGGAAAAGCCGUACGCUGGCCCGCACGCCGAUGGACGUCUGUCCAAGCUCUAG